UUUAGUCUGGAGCAAGUGAUAAUGGAUGGUGGGAGGUUGUACCUUGUAUUCGAGUAUCUUAAUGUGGACCUGAAACGUUAUCUCGAUGACCACGGGCGAAAGAAUAUGUUGGACCCGAGCGUUACAAGAGUAUACCAAAUCGCUUACGUACUAUCGUUUUAGAGUUUUAUGUAUCAGAUGCUUCAAGGACUGUUGUUUUGUCACGGGAGACGUGUCAUACACCGAGACCUGAAGCCACAGAAUAUACUUGUGGAUGUUGGUCGGAAAAUAGUGAAACUUGCUGACUUUGGAUUAGCACGGGCAUUCGGAAUCCCUGUACGGGUUCUAACUCACGAGGUCGUUACCUUGUGGUAUCGUGCACCCGAAAUUUUACUCGGAGCCCAACGCUACUCGUGUGCAGUAGAUAUAUGGUCGAUGGGUUGCAUCUUUUCAGAAGUUGCUACAAAGGAAGCGUUGUUCAGAGGUGACUCUGAAAUCGACCAGUUGUUUCGGAUUUUCCGUCUACUCGGGACCCCUUCUGAAGACGUCUGGCCGGGCGUAACCAACUUACCUGACUACAAAAAGAAAGGCUUUCCGUUGUGGAGAGAGUCCAAGCUGACGACGAAUGAGAAUAUCACAAAGGCUUUCAAUGAUCUUGGUUUGUCUUUGCUUCAGGCAAUGCUCAUUUACGAACCAUCUCGCCGAAUAACUGCCAGGGAUGCUCUCCUUCAUCCCUACUUCGCGGAUUUAGAUAAGUCAACUGUUCCUGCCACGGGUGAAGAGUAUAUUGGUCUUCCUUUAGACCAGUUACCUCAUGAGGUUGCUGCGAUGUUCUUAGCAGAUGCUGGAGAGGCUUAUAGGACGGAAUCGGAUCGGGAAAACGCCGGCCGACAGCUUGGGGUUCUCCCAAGCACCGUUGAACUGGGUGCAGAUUCAUUGCCAACAUCGAAAUUUCUCAGUACAACUCAGAAAGGGCAACACACUUCUAUGGACACCACCUCACAACCUACUGUUCCGUUAGCAGACAGCCAUGAAGUUAACAUGUCGAUUGCCUAACAUUGUCUGCUGGUCUUUAUUCUCUUCAGCAACCCCGCCCGGUGCCUGUCCCGUGUAAAGAACGUAUUUUGUAACGGACACCAGUUUUUCAGACCGAACCAUUAUUUUGUGCUCACUGAUUUUUGUAUAAAUCGGUAAAAGACGAGAACGAGCACUAUUUCACUAUGUUGCACGCGUCAAUGCAGACACUAUUGUUGCUGUCCAGGAAAUUAGUGCUUGCUUGUCUGACAAAUUUUUCAUCCUGUAUGGCGUGUUUGUUAUGGUACUCGUAUAUGACUCCGUAUUUAUCUACCAUUGGCUUUUCAGGUGUAAUGACCAACGUCUAGAAGACUGUUGUUCCCCCCAUUCCCAAUCCACUAUUCGACUCAGCAUAAAGUUUUCGCUUCCC